UUUUGGGAAACAAUAAAGGCUGCCUCUUCCGGGAUCCGGCCCCACUCCGUGACCUCAGAAGUACACUUCCGGGAUACGGAAGUGAGCCGUAGCUCUGCCCUCUCCCACUCUCUCUUUCCGGUGCGGAGUCUGGAGACGUAGAGCAGAAAUGGCACCUCGAAAGGGGAAGGAAAAGAAGGAAGAACAGGUCAUAAGCCUUGGACCUCAGGUGGCUGAAGGAGAGAAUGUAUUUGGUGUGUGCCACAUCUUUGCAUCCUUCAAUGACACCUUUGUUCAUGUCACUGAUCUUUCCGGCAAGGAAACCAUCUGCCGAGUGACUGGUGGGAUGAAGGUGAAGGCUGACCGAGAUGAAUCCUCACCAUAUGCUGCCAUGUUAGCUGCCCAGGAUGUGGCCCAGAGGUGCAAGGAGCUGGGCAUCACUGCUCUACACAUCAAACUUCGGGCCACAGGAGGAAAUAGGACCAAGACCCCUGGACCAGGGGCCCAGUCAGCCCUCCGAGCUCUGGCCCGCUCUGGUAUGAAAAUAGGGCGGAUUGAGGAUGUCACCCCCAUCCCCUCUGACAGCACCCGCAGGAAGGGAGGUCGCCGUGGUCGCCGUCUGUGAACUGGACUCCUCACUCUAUUUUGCGUUAUAAAUUGCCGUGGUAUAAAUAAACUAUUUCAA